UGUCCAAUAUUAACUGAAACAUUGAUAGUUAUUUUGACACAUAUUUCUUACCUUGUAGGUGUUUUGUCACGUAAGGGUUAUUGCAGACCAUUUGACAUUGAUGGAGACGGUUAUACGCGUAGCGAAAUGGUGACAGUAAUAUAUCUUCAAAAAGCAAAGAAUGCAAAAAGAAUUUAUGCUAUAUGUCCUCAUAUUAAAUUAAAUAGCGAUGGUUACAAAGAGGAAGGAAUAACUUACCCAUCGUCACAAAUGCAAACCACUUUACUGAAAGAAUUUUAUAAUGAAUGCGGAAUACCGCCAUCUUGCUUGGAUUGCAUUGAGGCACAUGGUACCGGCACCAAAGUUGGCGAUCCUAACGAAAUCAGUGCAGUCUGUGCUGCUUUUGGUGCGAGUAAAGAAACUCCAUUAAUGAUCGGUUCCGUAAAAUCUAAUAUAGGUCAUUCGGAACCCGCGAGCGGUUUUGGUCAAAUUGCUAAGGUAAUAAUAGCAUUCGAAGCCGGUUUUUUUCCACCAAAUGUCAAUUAUGUGUCACCACGGCGUGAUAUAGAGGCCUUAUUAAAUGGAACUGUACGUGUCGUCGAAGAACCAAUGCCAAUUAAGAACGGUUACAUUGGUUUGAGUUCUUUCGGUUUCGGAGGAUCCAACGCUCACGUGCUAUUAAAAUGGAACAACAAGCAGAAGAUUAAGAAUGAAGCAACGAACGAUGACCUGCCUAAACUUGUAAUAUUAUCUGGACGCACUGAAGAAUCAGUAAAAUUAUUUUUAAACGACAUUGCUAAUCAACCAAUAGAUAUAGAAUAUAUCCGUUUACUGCACGACGUCCAUGCUGACAAUAUAGAUGGUCAUCCGUGGAGAGGAUUCAUUAUACUGAAUAAUUUGAAACAAGAACCAAUAUACGAAAUUCAAAAUUGCGUUAAUAUGAAAAGACCAGUUUGCUUUAUAUUUUCUGCUUUAGGCUCACAAUGGCCAGGAAUGGGUCGAAACUUAUUAAAAUUUCACAUCUUUGCAAACACAAUAAGAAGAUGUGAUGAGUUUUUAAAACCAUAUAGUAUAAGUGUCAUGGACAUUUUGACAGAUACAACUCAAAACGUGUACGAAAACGCAUUAUACGCGUUUGUUGGCAUCGUCGCUAUUCAGAUUGGCUUAGUGGACCUUCUAACAUCCUUAGGAAUUUCUUCGGAUUACAUGAUAAGUCAUUCUGGUGGUGAACUCGGUUGUGCUUACGCGGAUAAAUGCCUCACCAUUGAACAAACUAUUUUAUCGGCAUACUUUAUCGGUGUGGCAUGUGUGGAAGGGAAAAUAAUUUCUAGCUGUAUGGCACUUGUCAGCUUGAAUUACAAAUCUUUAAAAAAUAUGUGUCUAGCGGAUAUUGAGAUAAUAUGUCGCAAUAGUAAAAAUAGUAGCAUUGUGUGUGGACCCACAGAAUCCGUACAAAAAUUUGUGAAAAAAUUACAGCUUAAUGAUAUUCAUGUGAAAGAGAUUCUGUGCAACGUACCAUAUCACAGUUCUUAUCUUGCAUCCGUGAAAACUCAGCUUUUGUGUAAUUUAAACAAAGUAAUACCAUGGCCAAAGAAACGGAGUACAAAAUGGAUCAGCUCCUCUGUAUCCUGUACCAAGUGGUUUACCUCAGCAUCGAACUUAUCGUCGGCGGAUUAUCAUACGGACAGUAUAUUAAACACCAUUCUUUUUGAACAAACGACGCAUUUAAUUCCAAGUAACGCUGUGACUAUUGAAAUAGCACCAGACGGCGUUCUCCAAAGUGUUUUAAAGGAAUCCUUACAUCCGAAAGUGACGAACAUUGUAUUGAAUCAACGUACUGACGUCGACAUAUUUUUGCAAGAAAUUGGAAAGCUCUAUAAUUGUGGUUUACAGCCGCAAGUUGCUAAUUUAUACCCUCCAGUCAAAUUUCCAGUUAGUCGAGGAACUCCUAUGAUCGCUCCGUCAAUCAGAUGGGAUCAUUCCGAAGAUUGGUUUGCAUUUAAAUAUCAAGAACAAAAAUACAAUAAAUUCCGAGAAAGGCACGUUGAAAUCUUACUUCAGAGUGAGGACUAUGAAUUUAUGAGCGGACAUGUUAUAGAUGGGAGGAAUUUAGUACCAGCGACUGGUUAUCUUGCACUCGUUUGGGAAACUUUCGGCAUGAUAAAAGGGAAAAUAUACACAUCAGUUCCAAUAACAUUCCAGGAUGUACGGUUUAUUCGUGCUACGCAUUUGUCAAAAAAUGAAGCUACAAAGUUAAUGAUUGCAAUCCUGAAAGAUGGAAGAUUUGAAAUAACCGAAGGAGACAGCGUUAUAGUAACUGGUAGAGUGUACGAGCCAUUGAAUCCAGAAAAAGAAAUAACUUCUGCAGAUAUAUUGUCGGAAAAUAACGAAGAAGAACAUAUGACUACUAAAGAUAUUUACAAAGAGUUGAAAUUGCGCGGUUACCAGUACAGCGGCUUGUUUCGUGGAUUACACAGCGCAUCUGUUUCAAACAACAAAGGACACGUCGCUUGGAAAAACAAUUGGAUAACAUUUAUGGAUACCAUGCUACAAAUGCACAUAAUUGGACAUGACACUAGAGAUUUGUAUGUUCCUACGAGUAUUGAAAAAUUGACGAUUAAUCCUGCGCUUCAUGCUUGGACGGUACAACAAAUUGAAAACCAGGACCCUACGACAAAUACAGAUAAACACGUCUUAUUACCGAUACGAGUAUACAAAGAGAUCGACACGGUCAUAGCCGGCGGAAUAGAGCUUCGAGGUGUCAAAGCCACUCAGAUCGCUCGCCGCAAAUUGGUUCAAGAUGCUGUUAUCGAGGAAAACGUAUUUGUAGCCCAUCAUGAUCGCGCAAAAAUUUCUUUAAGCGAAGCGAUACGAAUAUCUGCGCAACUCGCCUUGGAAGAUCACCAGGUCACUAAAGUGAAGGCCAUUGAGCUAGUGGAAGAUGACGAUAAUGUCCGUAAUGAUCUGAGCACAUUUUGUUGGGUGGAAAGCGACUUAUCUAUUAAACCUGAUCGUAAAGAUUUGGUAGAUGUUGUCUAUUCGUCUCUCAAUUUUAAAGAUGUAAUGGUUGCAACUGGUAGAGUAGUAUUUAAUCAAAUUUUGAGAGGACGAUUAUGUCAAUAUAUUCCUCUGGGAAUGGAAUAUGUUGGAUUCGACGUCAACGGGCAACGUGUAAUGGGACUUAAUGAUACUAACUGUAUAGCAAACGUUGUUGCUACACGUAAAAAUAUGUUUUGGAAGAUACCGGACGCGUGGACAUUUGAAGAAGCUGCGACAAUCCCAUGCGUUUAUGGCACGAUUUACAUCGCUCUUUACGUUCUUGGAAAAAUGAAAAAAGAUGACAAAAUACUUAUACACUCUGGUACUGGCGGCAUUGGACAGGCAGCUAUUAACUUGGCUCUCAAAGAAGGAUGCGAAGUGUUUACUACUGUGGGCACAAGCGAGAAGAGAGAUUUCAUUAAAAAACUGUUUCCCGCAAUUUUAGAUGAACAUAUUGGAAAUUCUCGGGAUACCAGUUUCGAACAAAUGAUAAUGAAUCAAACGAACGGGCGCGGGGUCGACAUCGUGUUGAAUUCAUUGGCGGAGGAAAAGUUAAUAGCGUCUGUUAACUGUUUAGCACAAAAUGGCCGUUUUCUAGAGAUCGGCAAAUUUGAUUUAACUUCUAACAAUCCUCUAAGUGUGUCCGCGUUUCAAAAAGGAAUUAGUUUUCAUGGGAUUGUAAUCGAUGAAAUGAUUUUUGGCGAUCAUAAGCAUACGCCCCUUAUGUUCAAAAUGAUAGCUGCUGGUGUGAAUAACGGAACCGUCGUUCCAAUUCAAGCAAAAGUUUUUCCGAGAACAGAUAUUGAAAAAGCUUUUAGAUACAUGGCGAGUGGAAAACACAUGGGAAAGAUUAUUCUAAAUAUACAGAAGAAGGAUAAACCUUCAGACGAGCCUGUUAUCGCGUAUCGUCGCUAUUAUUGCUACGCGAACAAAAGUUACGUUAUAUUAGGAGGUCUGGGUGGAUUUGGUUUGGAAUUAACCGAUUGGUUGAUAUUUCGGGGUGCCAGAAACAUCGUGCUGGUUUCACGAACUGGAAUAAAAAACGGUUACCAACGCAUGAAGAUUCGACUGUGGGAAUCGUAUGGUGUAAACGUGCUGAUCAUCAAGAAUAUUGAUGUCGCUGAUCCGAAGGAUUGUGAGUACCUCUUGCAAACUGCGGAAAAAAGAGCACCGGUGGAUGCGAUAUUUAAUCUCGCUGUAGUGCUGAGGGAUAACAUUCUGAAGAAUCAAACCGCGACAGCGUUUGCAGAGUCCUUUCAGUCGAAGGCUCGGGCAACGCAAGCUUUGGACAAAUGUUCCAGAAAGAUUUGCUCUAAGCUACGACACUUUGUAGUGUUCUCUUCCGUUUCUUGCGGCAGAGGUAAUCCUGGACAGACUAAUUACGGCAUGGCCAACUCCGUUAUGGAGAGAGUGUGCGAAAAGAGAACGGAGGAAGGAUUACCCGCAUUGGCAAUUCAGUGGGGAGCUGUGGGUGACGUGGGCCUCGUCGCUGACAUGCAGGAGGAUGAUAAAGAACUGAUUAUCGGCGGUACUUUGCAACAAAAAAUAUCCUGCUGCCUUGACGAGCUCGAUAAGUUAUUACUUCAAAGUCGACCGGUGGUGAGUAGCAUGGUGGUAGCUGAAAAAAAGACGGGAUCUUUCGGACUUGGAAGUUUGAUAGAAACUGUCGCCAGUAUCUUAGAUAUAAAAGAUAUAAAAGUUAUAAGUCACAAUAUGUCUCUGGCCGAACUUGGAAUAGACUCCAUGAUGGGCAUUGAAAUCAAGCAAACUCUAGAACGAGAAUUCGACAUCUUUUUAACUGCACAAGAAAUACGAAAUCUUACUUUUGCAAAACUCAUUAAAAUGUCCAACGUAGACGCCAGCGAUUACGAUACGCAAAAUAAAUUGAAAAUCAAUACAGAGACAGUAGAAAUCAUAAAAUUUCUAGUUGGCAUUGUAAAGGACGCCGAUUUUAUUUCAGAAACCAGUAUUGAACUUUCGACUGGUAAAAAGGAAACAAAUACGGAAGUUUUUCUUAUACCAGGUGCAGACGGUUGUGCAACUGUAUUUAAUCAUUUAGCGCCAAAUAUGAAAUUUUCAACAACGUCCCUGCAAUAUAACACAAACAACAUUGAUGCAAACAUUAUAGCAAAGACGACUGAUCAUUUCACAAACCACAUUUUAUCAUCAAAGUUGAAAGGUACAAAAGACUUUGUAGUAGUAGGGUACUCUUUUGGAUCUUUUAUCGCAAUUGAGUUGACAAGAAGGUUAGAAGCCAUGAACUUUAAAGGCCGUCUGCUUCUUAUCGACGGCGCUCCUGAACAAAUGCAAAUUAUGUACAAUAACUAUGCGUCAGAUAUGACAGAAACAGACCUUCAAAAUAGUGUUCUAACUAAUAUUAUGGAUAUAUAUUCGCCAGGAUUUAGUAAAAAGAUUCUAACGGAACUGGAAAAAUGUGAUACUUGGGAAGAGAGAUACAAUAUUUUCUCAAAACAGUUCUUAGCUAUGAAUAAGUUACUCUCACCAACAAAUUUAAAGACGCUGUGUACCACAGUUUAUACACAUUUUUCCAUUAUUCCGCACUAUGACCUUUCUACAUUGUCACCUAUCAAAUCUCCAAUAACUUUAUUAAAAUGUACAAAUCCUUUGCAUACAUUUAUGAUUGAAGAAGAUUAUGGUUUGAAGAAGGUAACUCAGAAUGUGCUGAAGGUGCAUUACGUUGAAGGUACUCAUGUGACGAUCUUAAAAAAUGGAAAAGUGUCAGCUGCAAUUAACGGAGAACCACCAUUUACAUGUUGAUUACAAUAAAUAAUAAAUUAUUAUUAAAAUUAUAUGCAUUUAAAAAUAAAUUAAUAAACAAAUAUGACCGAGAGAACUACUCAGUGCUAAAAAAUAAGCAUUGAGUAGUUUUCGUCUUCCACUAAUAGCGUCUUCCACUAAUAGCAUCUUCCACUGGCAAAAACUUGCUGGCACUGGCCAGCACUAAGGGCUUAAAGUGUAGUAUUAAUGAGGGAGUUAUAUGUACUUUAAGCACUCAGUGCUGCUAGUGCCAACGAGUUUUGUCAGUGGAAGUCGCUAUUAUGCAUAACAAUUUGACCGCGUUAAUCGGCCUGCAUCAUUUUACUUAAAUUUUUUUAACAGAUUUAGUAAAACUAAUUUUUUAAUUUAAAAGACAGGGUUUUAACCCCAAACCUCGUCCCCUAGAAUCCGCCAGUGCAUAAUAUAUAUAAUUUUAUAUAACAUUUAUUACAUAUAUGUAUAUGGUUUAUAAUGGUUUUAUAUGAGUUUUAUUACUUACAUUAUUAUAUU